AUGCCUUACGCAGAGCCCACCUCUCCAACCUCGCCGCUCUCGCCGCUGGGGGAUGCGCGACCUAGGUAUGCACGGCGACACUCGCACAACACCUCUCUCGAAGUUCGCCCCACCACCAGUCCCAUGCCUGGACUUCCUCGCCGUGCCACAUCGUCCGCUUUGACGACAACGACGAACACUCAUUCUCACCGCAAGGGCACCCUCUCCAACUCUCCUCGGACAGCAGCCAACUCUGCUGCUCACCGUGAGGCUCUCGACGCCAUGCGCACCGUGGAGCCACUCCAGUCGCCUCCUGCCAAGGGCUCCGACUAUAGCAUCCUGGGACUUCGAAUUGACAAGGCCACUCCUUCUAGCACCUCUCGAGCCGCCAAACCUCCAGCUCUAGCUCCUUCAACGCCUCCAGUCUCCCAUUCCACGUCCCAUUUGCUCCAGCGGCAGAAGCGCGUCUCGUCCUCAUCCUCGUCUUCAUCACUUCCCUCACCAACCGAGCCACCCGAGCCGCAUAGCCCCGUCAACUCCACGCGUCCAUCGGACCGAAUGGUGCGCAAGAAGUCGGGCGAGAUGGUCAAGCCCGCUCUCAAGAACCGCUCUCUAUCCACUCCUGACCUCGGCCGUGGUGGGAAGGAGGAUCUGUGGGCAAAGUCAAAGUCAUCGCACAACUUGCGCGAAAGGACAAAGAGUGUGCGCUUCGACGAAUGUGGGCUUGAAUCUGUCGUUCACUUCGCGCGCGGUCAGCGGCCCGACGCACUGAUCAAGGGGCCGGACGGCGAGGAUGAUCAGGAACACGACCUGUCAGAUUCUGUACACUUCCGCACACGCCGCAGCGGGGUUCCGCGUGGGGCGGGCGUCGCUCAGACGGAGAUCCAGAUCGACACAUGCAGUGCCGUGCCCCGCGUGCGCCUCGACUUUGGCCCUGGUACAUAUGGUCUGCUCAACAACGAGUAUGUUGUCCUCGAGCGCAUCGAGAUGAGCCAGCCUUUGGGGCUGCGUGGAUCGGUGCUCGUUCGCAACAUCGCCUUUGAGAAGUGGGUGGCCGUGCGCUUCACCCUGGACGACUGGCAGACGGUUUCGGAGGUAUCGGCGUCGCACGUUUCGCACAUCCCCGCUGGAACCACCGGCGACGAGGGCUGGGACCGUUUCACCUUCAACAUUAAGCUCGAGGAUUAUCGCCGGAAAAUUGAGAACCGCUCGUUCAUGUUCUGCGUCCGGUACAAUGCCAACGGGGGCGAGUGGUGGGAUUCGAACGGCGGCCAGAACUAUCACAUCUCGUUCAAGCAGCAGGCGAAGAGCCGCCAGCGUCCUACUUCGCAGUACUGGAGCGGAAGUCUCACGCACGGAACUGCAUCGGCGGAGACUACCACUCUCCCUCGGCGCAACGGACCCCGCAACUGGUCGUUCCCCAAGUCGACCGUGCAGGCCAUCGUUGCUCCGCCUGAGCGCCCCGAUUCACCAGCACUCUCCCCACCGCCACAGGGCGCAUUCCGCGCGCCCUCUGCACCCGACGUGCAUUCGCACCUGCGCCUCCAGAAAUAUUGCGCGCCUUCGCCGCCCCAGUCACCCCCCAAGACACUUCCAUCCGCCGUGGGAGGAGGGCUUGUGCCCAUUGUUCUGCCCCUGGCCCCUGAGCGGGCACGUGCCGUUCCUCCGUCGCCCAUGACCCUUGUUCAUGGCCGCCCGGCCACGACUUGGGUUCCCACCGAGUUCACUGUCAACGCGGAGGACGAAGUGUUUACAACGACAUCGGAAGAGUCGUCAGAGGUCGACAGCGUCGGCGAAAGCACGCCGACUGCGGCCGGUGCGCGCUCGCCAGAGAUGCAGCCCAUCAUUGACGGUGCCACAUUCGUCACGAGCCCCGUCACGAGUCCAGUGACGGCUAGAGCCGAGGACAAGGGUCGCAGCAACAUACAGCGCAACACGUCCGUCUCGGGGGAUCUACACUCUCUGGCAAGUGUAGACUCGAGCGUCGGUCUCAUGACUCCCCCGAGCAGCAAUCUCUCCUCUCCGCCAACUCCAACGACGCUCCUCCCUCCUGAAUCCCCUACCACCUCCAUGUCGACUGGAGACUCGUCUCCUGUCAACACGUGCAGCUCGGUCACGCCCGACGACAAUGUCGAUGGCGGCCGUCUAGGCGGUACUCUGAACGCUGCAACGUACCAGGAGUUUCUCGAGAGGUUCUGCUUCUUCAAGUCGCCCCCUACCACCGCCAUGGCCCUCGAGGAGCAGUACACCGGGUCCUACUUCCCGCCCGUGACUGGCAGCAGCUACUACAGCGGCUUUGGCUUGGGCAGCACAACGCCGCCCGGUGCGAUAACGCCGACGUUUGACAGAUUCAACAUGGCGCGCGCCACCACGCCCACAAACGCGAGUGCGACCUCGGGCUCGAGCUCGACCCCGCGCGCGUCGCCAACGCGCUCGCCGGCCCCGAACACGUUCCCGCUCCCGUGGACGCCCGAGGACCCGGCGCUGAAGAUGACCGCGGCGUAA